AUGGAGCUCAGGCUGAACCAUCAAUUCGACCCUUUCGGUCCGGGUGCAGAUCCCUAUGAUGAUGUUGACGACGAUAUCAUCAGUAGCAUUGAUUGGAAUGAUCCUUCAUCCUUUUUCAAGGCUAUGAGUGCUGGCUCUGGUGGUCUCCCGAUGCCCGAGAUGAAAUCGGCCCCGGAAGUUCGCCAAGAGGCUACAGCAAGGUCGGCGAAUAUUUUCACUAGUUACGAGUUGCUGCAUGAAAUUCUACAGCGCCAUGAGGCUACUAUUCGCAAGCGAUGGCUCAAGAAAACUCGGCCACAGAGGCUCAAAAUCCUGCUCAAUGCCUGGCCCAACAUGCCGAGAAUGCAUCGUCCCGACUUUGAGGCUUUCCGGAAGGAGUCAGAGGCCGACCGCAACAGAGGUACCAAAUACCGUGAUUCUUUUCUGAGUCCUUUCAUCAACCAAGAGGAUCUCCUCAGCACCAAGGCGCUGCCUUUGCUGUUGAAUGCAAGAGGCCGCCAUCCACCUUCGCAUUUUGCUGCCGCCGAUAUCAAUGCCAUGCACUUGGGCCUGGUGUCUAAAAGCAAUUGUGCCUAUUUUCCUAAACCACUAUAUCAUGGUUUUGAAUGGCAUGACUGA